AUGACUGUAACUUUAUUGCCAACACAAGGACACGAAGACCAAAACACAGCAUCCGAGCAUCAGGCUUCGAAAACCAAGAUCAUUUUCAUAUCGCUCCUUUUCGUAGCAUCAUUAGCUUCGUUCGUCCUACAAACGGAACUUACGUCGCAUGUGUUCCAGCUCGGGUUUAAUGAACCGGUGGUUAUGCUAUUGGUUACACAUGGGGCAUGGUGGAUAUUGUGGCCAACUCAGGUGCUUCUAAUAUCGAUAUGGAGAACGGGCAACAAAAUCCAACUGCAGAGCAGAAAUAGAGAUGGAGGUAAUUCCCGUUACCAAAGAUUAGAUUCCAACUCACAGUUGUUGGAUAAUGGAGAUAUUCCUACACGUACCGGUGACCAUGGAUCGUUUGAGUUUUUGAAAUAUUUCAGGAAAACCAUUGUCAGACAGGUGCGUAAUGUCUACCAUACGUCAAUUUUGAUCUACGAAGCUAAUGUCAAUGAUGAUACGUCCACGUAUAAUUGUCACAAGCUUAUUGACCAGAAUCCGCGUAUUUCGAGUUCUAGCUCGUUGAUCGAAUGUUUUAAGACUUUUGUGUCUACUGAGUCCUUUAAGUACAUUUUUGUGAAGAGUGCUAUAAUUACCGUGAUUUUGACGGUUGCGGGAGGAUCAUGGUUCGUUGCCAUGGCUAUGACUUAUGCCUCUGAUGUGACUGCGAUUUAUAAUUGUUCUGCGUUCACUGCUUAUGCUUUCGCCAUCCCUAUAUUGCACGAAAAACUCUCGUGGUUAAAGGCAAGUUCGGUCGUGGCAGCAGUUGCGGGAGUCUUCAUUGUUGCUUAUUCCGACGACGGGUCGUCAGAUGCUCCAGACGGUUCCAAAGGUGAAGAACUAUAUCCUAACAGACUCUGGGGUAAUUUGAUUAUUUUUAUCGGUGCCAUCUUGUAUGGGUAUUACGAGGUUUUAUAUAAGAAAUUCACUUGUAUUCCCCCACAUUUGGUCAAAAUCAUUACUCCCCGUCGUCAAUUAACCUUUGCAAACUUUAUCAUGAGUUUAUUUGGUGUAUUCACGGCCAUAAUAUUGGUAAUCGUGAUCGUUUUCGGUGAAAUUUUCCAUAUCCACAGCUUUAACUUCUUUGAUUACGGCAAAAAUACUACAAAAAUCUGGAUUUUUAUCUGUGGAUCAUCUAUCGCUAAUAUCUUAUUUAGUGCGCUGUUUUUAUCUCUUAUGGCACUCACUAACCCAGUUUUGUCUUCCGUUAGUUCGUUAUUGACAAUUUUCUUAAUCGGAAUCGUCGAAUGGUUUCUUUUUGGUAACAAAUUGAGUUUCCAACAAUUACUUGGAGAUUGCUUCGUUAUCAUUGGAUUUAUUAUGUUAACAACUGCUUCAUGGAAAGAAAUUAGUGAAGGUAAUGACGAUGAUGACGUCGAAAACGUUAGUACCUUAUCAUUCGCUCUUAGUACGGAAGGCUAA